GAGCUUCAAGCCGCGCUUCACCACGGAAUGCAGAGCGUUGAUGCGGGGUUCGAAGAUGCUGAUGCGAGGUUUGGGGACAGAUAGCUUGCUCCAGAUUGGCAGAGAUGACGGAUUUGGGCUUCGACACAGGGUGUGUUGCGGGGGAUCUGCAUCGCUUGGGGGUAAACAAUGGCUGGUGGUCACUGCCUUUUAUUCGAGACUCGCUGGUGAGGACUGCUGCCAGUGCAAGUCGAGAUGGAUACUCUCAAACCCGCCGACGAUAAUAUCGAGGAUGUCACUCUACAGUCCUGGGAUGAUGUAAACAGCCCGCACAGUCAGGCGAUGAACAAGAGGGUUCUGUUGAAGCUUGAUAUCAGGGUCCUUCCCAUUCUUGCCCUUCUUUUCCUCUGCUCGUUUCUGGAUCGAACAAAUGUGGGCAAUGCAAAGAUCAUCGGACUCGAGUCAACCAUCCAUAUCACAGAUCACCAGUACGAUAUUGGCUUGAUGGUCUUCUACCUUACAUACGUCCUCAGCGAGCUUCCGAGUAAUCUGAUCCUCAAGAAAGCCUCUCCGAGACUCUGGCUCUCCUUCCUUACUUGCAUAUGGGGCAUUAUCACCAUGUGUCUCGGGUUCGUCAAGAACUACGGCGGUUUUGUUGCUGUCCGUGCGAUUCUGGGUGUCGCAGAGGGAGGUCUGCUCCCUGGAAUGGUUCUAUACUUGUCUUCCUUCUACAGACGAUCGGAUCUUGCUUUACGGAUUGGCCUCUUCUACACAGCUGCAUCAUUAUCUGGUGCCUUUGGUGGGCUUCUGGCUUCGGGCCUGGCUCAAAUUGCGCCACGAGGAGGGCUUGUAGGGUGGCGUUGGAUCUUCAUCAUCGAGGGACUGCUGACGUUGGUUUGCGGCUUAAUUGCCGGGUUCAUUCUACCAAACAACCUCGAGACUGCCUCAUUCCUCAAAGACGAAGAACGUGUGUUUGCAAUUGAAAGGCUGGCUCUAGAUCAGCCGUCCAGAAAUACACAUGAAACAGAAAAAUUCGACUGGUCCGAAGUCAUCCGCGGGAUUUUGGAUCCCAAAAUGUGGCUCUCAGCGACAGCCUACUUUGGGAUCCUAGCUGGGCUGUAUUCAUUUGGUCUUUUCUUACCAUCCAUCAUCGACUCUCUCGGCUUCGCCAAUAACGCCAACGAUGUCCAACUAUGGACUGUGAUUCCGUAUGCCGUCGCUGCCGUCGUGACAGUCAUCGUGGCUAUCGUCUCGGACCGCCUCCGCCUCCGCGGCGUAGUCAUGCUAUUCACCCUUCCUGUCGCCAUAACCGGGUACGCCGUGAUCGCCAACGUCCACUCCGCCAAGGUUCGGUACGGGAUGACCUUCCUCAUGGCGACGGGCAUGUACGCGACUGUCCCGUGCAUCCUGGUCUGGAACUCGAACAAUUCCGCGGGGCAUUACAAGCGGGCCACGACCUCUGCUAUGCAGUUGGCCAUCGCUAACUGUGGGGGAUUUGUUGCUACUUUCAUAUAUCCCUCUAGCGAUGCACCGGAGUAUCACAGCGGUCACACGGUGAUCCUGGGAUUACUAGUAUUCUCAUGGUUCAUGAUCCUGCUGAAUGUCCUCUACUGCGCCAAAAUCAACCGCGAUAAGCGGGAGGGCAAAUAUGCCGAGUUUACAGGGUACAACGAUGACCGGGACCCAGACUUUCACAUGAUUCUUUGACAGAGAGAAAGGGGGGGAAGGAGGGAGAAAGUAGAAGUAGACAUGCAAUGAAUCAUUAUAAUGCAUCUUCCAGAUUCAUAAUACUGAUCGUAACCUCGUUGUCGGUUCCAUCGAGCGGCCCUGCCCCGCUGAGGAAAAGGAACUCUUCAGCCUGCGGGAAGAUGUGCAGGGAACGCGAGUAGCUUGCACUCUCCGGGGUAUCGAUCUCCGUCCACUCACCUUCGCCUAGCGCCUGGUUGAUGAAGACGGAGCUGUACGUGGCACAGCUGACGAUGAUGGUCCCGUUCUCACCGCCGUAGGACGACCAGACCACGUACGGCGAGCUGGUCGGCUCUGUGCCGUCUGUCACGACGAUGGGCUGGCCCUCGGCCGAGCCAAAGUCCUCUGGGUCGGAGGUAAUCCGGUAGUAGACGGGGAACGAGUAGG